GCAGUGAGUGGGAAUUCGCUCCUUUAAAACAUCUGGCUGCAAGAGGAUGUUUUGAGAUGUUGCCUAGUGUGUGCUCCCUCCCUCCUUAUAAUGCAGGUUAUGAACUCUAUUAAUAAACCGUCAGUUCUGAAUUUGUGCGCUCAGCACAACGCAGACACGAUUCCUUAUGGGAACGGACCGUGAACGCACAAGAGAAACAGUUGAAGUAAAACGCAAUACAUUAGCCUACACUUGAAGUAAAACGCAAUACAUCAGUUUCUACUUCGCGGAGAACAACUAGUUUACUUCAGUUUUUGUUAUAAAUAUAUUUUUGUGGCCAUACCUCGCCGAGGAUGGGCUGCGCAAUAUCAGGACUGGGCUUGGCACCGAAACCAACUGGAGAAGCGAAAGAUGAGGAAGCCGCUGCCACGCACCUCAGCGAGGAGCAAAUCGAAAUGAUCAAGGAGUCGUGGAAAGUUAUCCAAGAGGAUAUCGCGAAAGUUGGUAUCAUUAUGUUUGUUAGGUUGUUUGAGACCCAUCCAGAAUGCAAAGACGUUUUCUUCCUGUUUCGAGAUGUGGAGGACUUGGAGCGGCUGCGGACCAGUAAGGAGCUCCGAGCGCAUGGGCUGCGGGUGAUGUCCUUCAUUGAGAAGAGCGUGGCCAGAUUGGACCAGAUGGAGAGGCUGGAGCAGCUUGCCCUUGAGCUGGGGAAGAGCCAUUACCGAUACAAUGCUCCACCCAAGUACUAUGGGUAUGUGGGGGCUGAGUUUAUCUGUGCCGUCCAGCCAAUUUUGAAGGACAAGUGGACCCCUGAACUGGAGGAAGCCUGGAAGACCUUGUUCAUGUAUGUGGCCAGGAUCAUGAAGCAGGGCUACCUGGAGGAGGAGAAACACAAGCACAGCACCCUGGUUAUCUCCAGUGGGGAGAGGCCCGAAAAGAAGAACACAGCCCUGUAGAAUUCCUGCAGUGGAGAGGUCCCCAGUGGCUGACAUCUCCAGACUGUGACCAAUCAGAGACUGUCACAUGUAGCUUAGCAGUGUACAUAAUGUAUUUAUUACUUUUAUUCAUUUUGAGUGAUGUACACAAUUCUUUUCAAAGCGUAACAGACAUUCCAUUUCAAAAUUCAAAUAUUUCCUCUUCCAAAGCCAUACUUUGGUUUGGAAGUCUAAGAAUUAAAAUAAGAACCAUUCCUCUUUCAGAGCUCCAUCACUGGAAUGAAAGAUCUAUGAAGAUUCUGCAGCUCAAAAAAAUCCUCCAAAAGCAAGCCAUUUAUUAUUAUGCUGGGUGCUCAUAUUCAAGUAAUUUCGAAGUCAAAUCUGGCAGGUAUGAUGACCCAAUAACUAGAUUAUUCACACUGGCUCAGUAGUAUUUACCUUUGAUGAAUGUCAACCUAGACUUUUUCAUUUGAUAAAAAAUAAAAUGAUAAUGUCCCUAUAAGUCAAUCUAUUCCACAGCAAAGUAAGAAUUAACCAUGUUUUCAUACCAAGUCCUGUAGUUGAAGUGUACUAUAUGUACCUGUGUAUGAAUAACACUGAAUGAAGGCCAUGCAAUGCAUUCUCUAUUGCACUGAUUGUAUUCCACACAUUCUCUACAAUGGUACUGAGCAUUACAUUACUUUGAAUUAAAAUUCAAUUCAGAAACUUCAAA